AAUUUAGCCUCCCGAGAGACACAUACAUAGUUUACUCUGUGCAGUCGGAUGUAGUUCACUGGCUGACCGUUACAUUUUAAGCGGAGGCCGUUAUCGUAUCACGGGAUUUUCUGGUAGUCCAAGCCCUGUGGCAUAAGUGUCUUCUGAAUGUACAUAUGUACAGUGAGAAUCGGCACUAAUGUUUGAUAUGAUACCUAUACAGUAACACGAAGUGAGGUUCCGCGCGUGUGUGUUUCGCUCGUUUACCUGAUCAGAACCGGCAAAAUGGACGAUAUAGCACUGCGAGCAACUGAUCAUGUUUUAGAAGCGAUAUUUUCCUAUUUAGAUCUGCACACAUUGAGAAACUGCGCGCUCGUUUGCAAACGGUGGAACCAGUUCUUGAAUGACGAGAACAAUGACGCGUGGAGGAUACACUGCAUUCGGAAGUUGGCACAGGAGGCCCUUAGCUCCGAUAUCUUGUCGUCGGUGCCCACCUAUAAAUCCAAGCUGCGUGCGUUUUAUCACGCGUGGAAUCCCCUCGACUGUUCACGAAACAUUUAUAUUAGCUCCAAUGGAUUCACUUUGCACAGAAACCCAGUUGCGCAAAUUACAGACGCUUGCAGGGGUAAAAUUGGUUUUCGACAUGGUAGACACGCAUGGGAAAUCAUUUGGGAAGGACCAUUGGGCACGGUAGCAGUCAUUGGGAUAGCUACUAGGGAAGCACCGUUGUUAUGCCAUGGGUACGUAGCGUUACUGGGAUCCGAUGAGCAUUCGUGGGGAUGGAAUCUGGUAGAUAAUCAUCUGUUACACAACGGAGAUGUACAAGGAAAUUAUCCAUUACUUAAUAAUGCUCCCAGGUAUCAGGCUGGAGAAAGGAUUAGGGUAAUAUUAGAUUGCGAUGAUAACACAUUAUCUUUUGAAAAGAAUUACGAAUUUUUGGGAGUGGCAUUUAGAGGGUUGCCAGAUAAAAGAUUAUAUCCAUCCGUGUCUGCUGUAUAUGGAAAUACAGAGGUAACUAUGGUGUACUUAGGACCACCUCUAGAUGGCUAACACUUUACUUAUAGUAGAGAUAUCUCGUCAGAGAUUGUUUUCAAGGCUGUUUGGUAAAAAUCUAAAAUGCAGAAUCCUCUGUGUCAUACCAGAACGUCUACUAUAAAGUAGAACUAGCACACUAAUGAACUAUAAGAUACUCUUUACAAAGGAUGUGUGCCUGUUCAUUCAGUCAAUACAUUGUAAAUAGUAUUAGCAUUCCAUUUAAACCGAUAAAUCUGCAAUAGAGCUUUAUAUGGUGAUAACAGUUGGGAAAAGAGAGUUACUCAACGACGGGUAUCGAUCGAUUUUUGCCUGACAUUAUGCAUUUGUUAGACAGAAGGGUCUAUGUGUUUGACAAUGAAAUGAUUUAAUUAUAUUACAAAUAAACUGCGGAUUUUUAUGCAAAACGCAUUUUUUGUGGAACAGAAUCUUAUCGUCUGCGUCAAUUAUUUCGGUGGGUUAAAAGUACUGCAAAACAAUGAAAUUCUGUCAGUAUUAUUUUGUAGAAGUUUUCAUGAACGCAUAAAAAUCCACACAAUUAUUCGUAAUAAUGGAGUUCCUCCGCGAUGUAAUUGCGUGUCGCUCAAAUUAAUACAAGUCAGAUUCAUUUGAAUGUUUCUUAAGUGACGUAGAUUAAUUUUAAGUUCGUCGCGCAUGUACAUAGGAAUUAAGGAUUGUCAAAUUCUUUACUCUUCCAUGCAGUAUUGAUAUUCUUGUUCUUCUUGUAUAAAAAUACAUGCUUCGUAUGUAUAAAAUCUUCGGCCAAAGAAAAACGGCUAUUCCAAUCUAUGUCCGAGAAUAGUUACUUACCAUGGCAUGACAGGAUUGCCAUUAAUAUUGAACUAAUUUUUCUCAUCCUUAACGCCGUUUGCAUAAUAUUGCGAGAACUAUAAAUGGUGUAACUGUAAUUUAUUUUAUUUGAUUAGUGCGCAUAUUUAUACAUACACAUAUAUAUUUUUUUUUGAUAUCCGUGUAGGUGUUUCAAAUAUAUAUAUAUAUAUUUUUUCUAAGGCUGUUAUUUAUUUUAAAGGAUUUAUUACGCUUAAGUUUUUUUUACCAUAAAUAUUUAUACAUGUCAUAGUUUGUUAUCAAUUUUUUAACAUUAAGAACACAUUUUUCAAAUGCCAUAAGUAAAAAUAGUGUACAAGGUGUUCUACUUACGGUGUUUAUACCCACCAUUAGUAUUUUUAUUUAAGUAGCUCUUCUUUUUUGAAGGUGCAAAUUUAGCUAGAAAUUUACUAUGUACCUGUGAUAUUCAUCUACACGAUAUCAAGACAUUUAUUUUUCUUUUUCUCGAGCUGUGUUCCCUGUGUGACGUUUCGUUUGUAUUAUGUGCAAUGGAUGUACAAGAUAGAUUUUUAAUUCGCUUUUACAUGUAGCGGUUAUAAGACAGUAUUGUAUUGGAUUGCGUGUGAAAACUGUAAAUUAUCUUCUGUAAAGUUUGUUACAGACAACAUGGGUUAGAUGAGUGCAUAAGAUAUAAUGUACAUAAUUAUUACGGUCAUUGUGUUCGUUAAGCGUGUAGCGUUUGUAAUGUUGCUCUCUCCUUUCUAAACUUUUGUACAGAAUUUUAUUAAUCGAUCAUAGAUGUAUAAAAUGAAAGCAAAUCUUGUUUCGUCAGCGUCUUCAUCUAUUCGAGUAACACAUGUACCACGGGUCGCGGACUGAUUUAGAAUUUAUACCCUUUUGGAUCGACGAGCAAAACUUUGUGAAAAAAAACAUAUGAAAACUACAUGUGUUGUAUAGUGGUGCCUUAUUAUGAUUCUUUUAAUGUAAUCUCUAUGUGGUUGCGAAUAUAUGUACACUAUAGCAUUAAGUGUUACAAUUUAAUCGACGUCGACCCGUCGCAUAUGUUGAGACGUACAUAUGGAAAUAGUUUUAAUCAAUUUGUAAAUAAUAUUCGUGUUUAAACGUGCAUAUAAAUCAUGCGAAGUCAUAUAGCUACCAACGUUAAACAAUUCUGAACAAAUGUUUAGAGAGGAAGUAAUUUAGUCGAAAUAUAAUUAAGCUUCGAACAUCGGUAUACUCGGUAUAAACUCUUACAAGAGGAAUACAAGAGUUUAAAAAAAAAAUUGUACAUCGCUCUGUAAAUAAAUUAUUUUAUUUUAAUGCUUUAA